UCUGGUGACCUCCAUCUGGGCAGUGCUCCAUAUCCGGACUCUACUGUUGGCUGGGGUCACCUUCUUGUUCCUGGCUGACUACCUCAAAAGACGGCACCCCAAAAACUUUCCGCCAGGGCCGCAACGCCUGCCCUUCGUGGGCAAUUUACUGCACAAGGGCAUGGAGCAGCCGCACCUGGUGGUCCAGCAGCUUGUGAAGAAGUAUGGGAAUGUUAUCAGUCUGGAUUUUUGAAGCAUGUCUUCAGUGAUUGUAAGCAGUCUGCCUUUAAUCAAAGAAGCCUUUACUCACCUGGAAGAAAACAUUAUGAGUCGCCCUCAAUUUCCAUUGCAAAAUCUUGUCCAUAAUGAAAACGGACUGAUCUUCUCCAGUGGCCAGACAUGGAAGGAGCAAAGAAGGUUUGCGCUGAUGACUCUGAGGAACUUUGGGUUGGGAAAGAAGAGCAUAGAGCAACGCAUGCAGGAGGAGGCUCAACACCUUGUGGGGGUCAUAAAAGAGGAGGAAGGACAGCCUUUCAACCCUCACUUCAAGAUCAACAAUGCUGUUUCCAAUAUCAUUUGCUCCAUCACCUUUGGUGAGCGGUUUGACUACCAUGACAGUCAGUUUCAGGAGCUGCUGAGGUUAUUGGAUGAGGCCAUGUAUUUGACUUCAUCAAAGAUGGUCCGGCUCUAUAACUCCUUCCCAUGGAUAAUAAAACAUCUUCCUGGAUCACACCAAUCAGCAUUAGCCUCCUGGAGAAAACUGAAGUCAUAUAUUUCUGAUAUAGUUGAAAAUCACCGCAGAGACUGGAACCCUGAUGAACCAAGAGACUUCAUUGAUGCUUUCUUCACGGAAAUGACCAAGCAUCCCGACAAAACUACUACAAGUUUCAAUGAAGAAAACCUCAUCUGCAGCACUCUGGACCUCUUCCUUGCUGGAACUGAGACAACAUCCACGACCCUGCGCUGGGCUCUGCUCUACAUGGCUCUCUACCCAGAAAUUCAAGCAAAAGUUCAGGCUGAAAUUGACAGAGUGAUUGGCCAGGAGAAGCAGCCCAACCUGUCUGACAGAGACUCCAUGCCCUACACCAAUGCUGUUGUCCAUGAAGUGCAGAGGAUGGCCAAUAUCGUCCCUCUAAAUGUUUCCAGGAAAGUGACAGCUGACACUACGCUGGCGGGAUUCCACCUGCCCAAGGGCUCCAUACUCCAGACCAAUUUGACUGCACUGCACAAGGACCCCAAAGAAUGGGCCACCCCAGAUAUCUUCAAUCCGGAGCACUUUUUGGAGAAUGGAGAGUUUAAGAAGAGAGAAUCUUUUCUGCCUUUCUCAAUGGGAAAGCGAGCUUGCCUUGGAGAACAAUUGGCCAGGUCUGAGCUCUUUAUUUUCUUCACUGCUCUUAUGCAAAAAUUUACUUUCAAGCCACCAGUCAAUGAGAAGCUGAGCCUAAACUCUAGAUUUGGCGUCCCCGUUUCCCCUGUGAGUCACCGUCUCUGUGCUGUCCGUAGACUGUGAAGUCAGAGGCAGAAAGAGAAUAAAGAAGAACAACUGAGCAAUCCUCUGAGCCACCGGAGCCACUCAUAUGUGAAGGGAGAGAAGGAAGGUGACCAGGGAAGGAUGGGAAGACUAAGCUAUGGUUAUUGGAUCCAUGUCCUGGACUGCUGUGUCCUCUGAACUGGUCAUCACUUAUACAUCUUUUUAUAAAUUUAUACAUCACUUAUAAAUCUUUUCAUCUAAGAGUUACAAAGAGAAUGAUGGCUCCCCCUGUAAAGAAAGUGCUUGUAAAUAUGAAAGGUGGGUUAGAAACAGCAUGAAAAUCAUUAAAGUCAUAUCAUAAAAUUA